AACCGCUAGUUAUGCCGGAGGGUGAUUUUUUGUUCAAAGGUCCAAGCUAAUCUCAUUAAAUUUCACACGGUGACAGAUUUGUGUGUCAUUAUCAUUCAAAAAUUGUUCAUCAAGACUUGCAAGUUGCAAAUCACUAUAAUAUUCUUCGUUGAGCACCCCUUUUAAAAUCCCUGCUCCAAGGAAGGAACUCAUCGUCCCACUCCCACCUCAUCUUUUUUGACUUCCAGACUCAAAUCUAAAGCCAAAAAAAACAAAACAAACAUUUGUCUCCAUCAAAAAGCACUGCCCUUACGUGGUGCCUUCCCCUGCCACUUUUUUUCUUUAGCAUCCAACCGGAAAAAAAAAAAAUAGUACUCUCACAGUCUCACCUCACUUGCCCCCUUUUGUCUAUGGCACAAGAUGGUGUCUUAAAACUGUGUGAUCCUAUUUGCACUUGAAAAAAGUUGCAACCUUUUUGUUGUGAGUUUUCUCUGACUCAGCAACAUGGGUUUUAGGAGUGAUGUUUUUGUGUCUCCACCAGAACAGCCACCAUAUUUUCUCUCAGAGCCUACCCCACCUUUCCCACCAACUGUUCGAUCUGAUAGUUUCAGUUUCAACGAUAGGGCCUUGAAGGUUAGUCCAAGCAUCCUUCUGAUCAUCAUAAUUCUGGCCAUUGUUUUCUUCAUUUCUGGUUUGCUGCACCUUCUGGUUAGAUUCCUGUGGAGACCCCAAACUAGAGAGCCUGAUGAAUUGGACAAUGUCACUGCUCUCCAAGGCCAAUUGCAGCAACUCUUCCACCUCCAUGAUGCUGGGGUUGACCAGUCCUUCAUUGACACCCUCCCUGUGUUCCUCUACAAGGCCAUCAUAGGACUCAAGAAGUACCCCUUUGACUGUGCCGUUUGUUUGUGUGAGUUUGAGCCUGAGGACAAGCUCAGGUUGCUGCCAAAAUGUAGCCACGCUUUUCACAUGGAGUGUAUUGACACCUGGCUCUUGUCUCACUCUACUUGUCCUCUUUGUAGAGCCACCUUGCUCCCUGAAUUCUCUGCAAGCAACGCAUGUUCUCCUAUUGUUCUUGUCCUUGAAUCUGGGAGUAGUGAGAGCUCCAGGGAGAUUGUUCCUGAAAGAGAGCCUGCUGCUGCUGCUGUUGGAAGGACUAGUUCGGUUAUCACCGCAAAUUCUCGCCUUGGUUGCCGUGGAGAUAGUGAAUUUGGAUCAACCCGUGUGGAUUUGAAAUCAGGUGAGUUGUUUAGUGAAAUUCCUGAUCCAACAGUGCAAAAUGGUGUGGAAAAGGUUGUUACUGUUAAGCUGGGGAAGUUCAGAAGUGUGGAUGGUGGAGGUGGAGGUGGAGAUGGAGGUGGGGAAGGGACUAGUAGUAUCAACAAUGUGGAUGCUAGAAGGUGUUUUUCUAUGGGGUCUUUUGCUUAUGUUAUGGAUGAGAGUUCUUCAUUGCAAGUACCUAUAAGAACUCCAAUCAAGAAGCAAUCAAGUAAGAAGAAGUCUGGUUUGCCUUUGACACCAGGGCACAGGCCUGCAAUGUCAGAAUGUGACUGUGAAUCCAGAAGGGAUUUCAAGUUUGCAGGGUUUGAUGCAACAACUAUAGUUGAGGAUGAUGCUGCUAGUACUGGGGCUACAACUGCAAGCACAACUUGUAAUGGGAACAGUGCUGCUGCCAUCGGAAGGAGCAGAAAGGAGAGUUUUUCUAUAUCAAAGAUUUGGCUUAGGGGGAAGAAGGAUAAGCCAAAUGCUGGGGCAGAUUCAUCUAGAAGGGCUGUUUCGUUUCGAUUCCCGGUGAAAUCUAGUGUUGUUGCUGCUGCUUCUGGUAGUGCUGAUGAUGAUGAUUUGAAGGGCAAGAAUUGCAAGUUUGAUACAAGGAGUACUAUGUCUGAGAUGGAUAUUGGAAAGUGGGAGAAUGGAAGAGGGACUGAGUUCGAUUAUGAUGAAGAAAACCAGAGUUGUUAUAGUAUGGAUUCUUCUCAAGCUAGGGCGCCAUCUUUUGCUAGAAGGACUUUGCUUUGGCUCACAGGAGGAAGACAGAAUAAGGUUGUUCACUCUGCUUCCAACCUCUAGUUUCUCUCUUUACCUCUUUGUUUAUUUUUGGAACCAUUUUUUGCUUCCUUUAUCUAAAAUUCUGGAAUCUAAAUUUGUUUAAAAUAGAAUGUUAGUGGUAGAAAGGUGCAAGAGAGAUUGAAAAGUGAGAUGAGUUGGGAAAUCUGAAUACAGUGUUUCUGCUUUGAGUUUGUUGCUGUUCCAUUGAAUCUGAGUCCACCUCCGUUGAGGGUAAAAAAAUGUAGAAGAAAGAUUCUUUUGUUUCCCCACCGGUGAUUUCUCAGUCAAAUAUUUACAUUUCAGUUUUCACUUGAUACUGCAAUCUUGUAAUAUUUUGUAAA